UAUAUCCACAGAGUAAACAGCCCGAGUCAGUGUUGCAGGCGAUCACCCCGGCAACACUUGAUGGGAGAUAAGCAGUCAACAGUUGCUGCCCUUUGACCAUAGUUUGUGUCCUGCAGCUCGCAUGUAUACGACUUCUAGCUAACUGCUUGAUCAAGGGAAAAGAUUUUUCACAGUAAUGAAGAUGCAGCUCAUCGUUAUUCUCGUUGUUCUCAUUGCUGGCCCUUGUCAUGCUACUCCCAUGGAGAACUACACGCCUCAGCAGGUGAAACCUUUGUUUAAUCAAAUGAGAAUGUACGGAGAUAAAAAGAAGAAGGAGAGUGAAAUCGAUUACCGACAAUUUCUGGUACUACUAGUAGCUUCGCACGAUGAAAUUUUGCACGGGCCAAUUGAAGAUUUCAAAGACCCGCAUUUCACACACAACUUUGAGAAUGGCAACUACAAGGACAGAGUAAUGCUUGUCAUUAAUCAGGACCAACAACAUGGGGAAAUCCAGUGUACGGACGACGGAAUACUCGCCGAAAAACUCGCAAAUUUCAGACUGAUAAAGCAAAACGAGUUUCCCAUUAUCAUGAUGUAUUCAUAUUACAUCCCUUGUGCAGAUAUUCCGAACCUUGGCUAUUCCUGCUCCGAAGAGUUAGCGAUCUUUGCGUCCUGGAACAGUCAAAAAACCGGCCUUUUGGUAGCGUACACUGACAUUUUUCAUCUAACUGAUGAAGAAAAGGCUAAAAAUUUUAUGCUUCAUGCAGGCAUACCCGCAUUUAGAUUCCAGGAGACCCAACCUCGAAAAUGGGAACUUGUUUCUGUCUAUACAGUACAGCCUGUACAACAAGUUCCUCUGCUCCUCAGCCUGUUCCAGUGUAUUAGCGGAACUGUAAAUCGCGCGAGAUUAUCGGAGAAUACAGUCGUCCAGAAGCAGAUCAUUGCCUUCUAUGUCAAUUCCAUGGCCUACCAGUGUUUCUCAAAAGAGACUGCAAGACUGAGAGACUCAAACAGACAACACCUGCAGUCAUGCUUCUGUGGCUAUGCUAGAGCCAGUAUCGGCGAUGAUUCCAAACACUCUGAGAAGGUGGCUGAGGACAAGCAGUACAUCACUGCCUGUGCAAACUCAGUCUUCGAUCCGGUGAUAUUACUGCCUGGUCAACCAGUUCGCCCAUUUGAUCCAUAUUCUUACUCAUGGGAAAGCACCUCAGACCCUCGCCUUAGUCAGGUCUUUCCUCAGUCUCCGGACAGCAGUCGGGGAAGACACCAAAUCUCUUGCUUGGAAGCAGACCUGACACUGGAGUCUCUGUGCACACGAAGAGGCUCCAAAAAGCGACCCCAGUCUCCGUCUGAGGGACCAAAAACGAAAAAGCCUCAAAUGGCAGCUGGAAGAGGAAGAGGUUAAAGAAAACAAGAAUCUGAGAUUAAACGAGGGAAACAAAGGUAGAAAGACGUUAUGGAGAAGGAAAAGUACAACGAGUGGGAAGAAACUGGAUUAAGAGAGGAAAAUGGAGACAUUUAUUAUUCUGUUAGAGAUUCUACUUUGACUAAUACUCACUACCCGUGACUUCUUUAUACUUAUCAUGAAGACAUACACUGUUGUAUAAAAUGAAAUUUUAAUAUAAAAUAAUUGUUGUUAAAUAAUAAGACAUAUUGUGCGCACGAACAACAGCACAAGCUUGCCAAAGUUGGCCACGUGACACUCCACAAAUAACACAGCACCCAUCAGAAUUGACCUAAGGGAGAAGGGAGGAUAAUUUCGAAAUCGAAAAAAAUUCCUGCUAGGCGGGCGGCAAGGAUCAGAGCAACUUAGAAGUAAUCCAUUGUAGUAAUGUUUAAUUUUACGAUCGAUUAUUUUAGAAAUAGUAUCUUAAUAAAUAAAAUAAUAAGCGAAAAUUCAUCAUUUAAUUUAGACGCAUAAAAAAAAAACUGAAGUUGAAAUUUUUAGACUAAAAGAAAAAUCGCACAUCAUUUACAGCUUCCCAAUCUCACACCUAAUAUAUGACAGUUAUGAUUUUACUUUUAAGAUAGUUCAUUAUGUUUUUGUAUCUUGGCCUUUAUGUACCAUAAUGCACUUAAAAAUUUCUUACUGUCAUUUAAUAAUCACUUGUCAUUUUACACUCACUUUCUAUUAUAUAAAGAUCGCAUGGCUCUUUGUCAUAUAACUACAAGUUGUUGGUUGAAAAUGCAUCCGCGAAAUUUCCCACUAACACUCAAUUAUACGUAGUUGUAAAUUUAUUACAGCAUUGCACUGUAUUUCCUACAAAUCAAAGCUGUUGUUUAUGUCGUUUACUACAGCACAUAAUUAUAAUUAUUCUAACAGGCAACCCAAUGCAUUUAGAUAUUACAGCACAUUAUUAUAUGUCACAUUUAUUACUUUAGAUUAUAGUUCAGUUAAUCAGAUUAUUAUAUUAAUUUUGUAUUAAUCAUAUAUUAUUUUGUAUUAACCUAGCGAGAUUAAUUGGUUCUAAUAUUUUUAGUACUUUUGAUAUAAAAUGUAUGUGCUUUAACAAAUAUUCGUUGCACUGAUAAUAAACAACAUUCAAACAGG